AUGAUGUCCCGGCCCAGCCUCGGGGAGCCCCGCUUCAUCGCUGAUGGAGCCGCAGGCGCCCUGGGCGGAGCAGGUGGGGCAGGAGGACCUGGACGAGGAGACUCGGAUCCAAAGGAACAGUGCACAGUGGUUCCAAGCGCUCCUGAGGGACCUGCGGGGCCGCUACAACCAGAGCGAGGACGUACCCCCUCCUCAGUCCUCCAUCCCACUGUGGGCAUCAUUGCUGGCCUGGUUCUCCUUGGAGCUGUGCUCACUGGAGCUACGGUGGCUGCAGCUGUGAUGUGGAAGAAGAAGUGCUCAGGGGGACAUGCAGUCAGCUACAAUCAGGGUGCA